CAAAUGAAUAAUGGCCAAUGCCACAGCGUACAGUGUUGGGAAGUAGUGUUGUAAGAUUUUCAGUAUAAUCAAUGGAACUUCAGCGCCAGGGCGCUUCCACCCUGCGCUUUGCCUGUGACUGAAUGGGUCUCCUUUUUGUGGAGGCACCAGGCAAGAAGGAUGGUGGGCGCUUGGACACUUGGAAUAAGAAUAUUCUAAAAUCAGAGACAAGCCGCUCCAUGCUCUGCAGAAUUGGGUGGAAGCCUGUGGCGAUCUUAAUAAUCACAACCCUCCUGCAGCUAUGGACUCUGUAGGGUUGGGUAUUGUCCAAAUCUCAAAAUUAAGAAGGAAACUGAUUAGUAUGUCUAGGUUAGGAAAUUUGACAGUGGCGCCGAUUCAGUUAUUCAGAGACGCGUUGAGGUGUAUUUAAGAGAUUUGUGGCAUAAUUUUUUCGGCGCAUGAACAUGCGUCUUCGUAAUUCAACCUUGUUCAAUGCCGCUGUUAUUCGUAAAAUACUUGUUCGAUCUCCUCCGUCUGGGUUCGCCACAAUUCACGCUCCAGCCGCUCCCUUCUCCGACUCUAACGAUUCUGAGGUCGAAGAUGGGGACGCUGCCUCUUUCUGCGUCUUCCAAGAUAAGGAUCUCCUCCGAAAGAGCCAAUCUGAUGGGGGAACUGGGCUUUAUGCUCUUGACCUAAUCAAACGCGGUUCUCUGGUACCUGACUAUAAUCUGUACAGUAAGUUGCUCAAGGAGUGCACCCGCUUGGGCAAAAUUGAGCAAGGCAGAAUCGUUCACGCCCAUCUGGUCGAUUCCCAUUUCUUGGAUAAUCACCUUGUUCUUCAAAACAUCAUCGUCAACAUGUACGCCAAGUGUGGCUGUUUAGAUGAUGCUCGCAGGAUGUUCGAUGAAAUGCCUACCAAAGACAUGGUCACUUGGACCGCCCUGAUUGCUGGCUUUUCUCAGAAUAAUCGACCCCGCGAUGCACUCCUCUUGUUCCCUCAAAUGCUUCGCCUCGGAUUUCAACCCAAUCACUUCACUCUUUCCAGUCUUCUCAAGGCUUCUGGGUCGGAACAUGACCUUGACCCAGGUACGCAACUUCAUGCAUUUUGCCUCAAGUAUGGUUACCAAUCAAGUGUUUAUGUUGGAAGUGCUCUUGUGGACAUGUACGCUAGAUGUGGCCAUAUGGAUGCAGCCCAGUUGGCCUUUGAUGGGAUGCCAACCAAGAGCGAGGUCUCCUGGAAUGCUUUGAUUUCUGGGCAUGCUAGGAAAGGUGAAGGAGAACAUGCUCUUCACCUUCUCUGGAAGAUGCAAAGGAAAAACUUUCAACCCACGCAUUUCACCUACUCCAGUGUCUUCAGUGCUUGUGCCAGCAUCGGAGCCCUGGAGCAAGGCAAAUGGGUUCAUGCCCAUAUGAUAAAAUCUGGUUUAAAGCUUAUUGCUUUUACUGGCAACACACUUCUUGACAUGUAUGCAAAAGCGGGUAGCAUUGAUGAUGCUAAACGAGUCUUUGAUAGGUUGGUGAAACCAGAUGUAGUUUCUUGGAAUACAAUGCUUACUGGGUGUGCCCAGCAUGGGCUUGGGAAGGAAACCUUAGACCGUUUUGAACAAAUGCUUAGGAUUGGAAUUGAACCUAAUGAAAUAUCUUUCCUAUGUGUUCUUACUGCUUGUAGCCAUUCUGGGCUUUUGGAUGAAGGACUAUACUAUUUCGAACUAAUGAAGAAGUACAAGGUUGAGCCAGAUGUGCCACACUAUGUCACUUUUGUUGAUCUACUUGGUCGAGUAGGUCUUCUUGAUCGGGCAGAGAGGUUCAUAAGAGAAAUGCCAAUUGAACCUACUGCAGCUGUCUGGGGAGCUUUGCUUGGAGCCUGUAGGAUGCAUAAGAAUAUGGAAUUGGGUGUUUACGCUGCUGAGCGUGCUUUUGAGCUCGACCCUCAUGAUUCAGGCCCGCGUAUGUUGCUCUCAAAUAUCUAUGCCUCUGCUGGUAGAUGGAGGGAUGUUGCAAAAGUGCGAAAGAUGAUGAAAGAGAGCGGGGUGAAGAAGCAACCUGCCUGUAGUUGGGUGGAGAUUGAGAAUGCAGUCCAUCUCUUCGUAGCAAAUGACGAGACCCACCCACAGAUAAAGGAAAUCCGUGGGAAGUGGGAGGAGAUCAGUGGGAAGAUCAAGGAGAUUGGGUAUGUCCCAGACACCAGCCAUGUGCUUCUGUUUGUCGACCAGCAGGAGAGGGAAGAAAAAUUGCAGUAUCAUAGUGAGAAGCUUGCUCUAGCAUUUGCACUUCUCAACACGCCCACCGGAUCUCCUAUUCGGAUCAAGAAGAAUAUCAGAGUAUGUGGUGAUUGUCAUGCAGCAAUCAAGUUUGUAUCAAAGGUAGUGGACAGAGAAAUCAUUGUGAGAGACACCAACCGGUUCCAUCGUUUCCGUGAUGGCUCUUGUUCGUGUGGGGACUAUUGGUAGUCCCAGUAAUCAGCAGCUAAUUACAUUGACAAAAUGCCAAAAGGGAGAGUGAUUCCUAAUAAUGAUGUUGGUCUACAUCCCAUCUUCUGAGUUUUAAGUUGGCUUGGCAGUGACCGAACCAUGUGGUAAACCAUUUUGUCCAAAGCUAUCUCCCAAAUGAGAUGUUGGCUGGGAGAUUCUUCAGUACCUGAAUUGAGGAAUCCAAGAUGACAGGGGAAAAAUCAAGGACCAAGGAGCUUAUAUCAACUGGAUGCUCCAGCCAAAUAGUUUCAGGAAUAUUGUGGACAGCGAUCUCCCUUGUCUGGGAUCACAUGGGUAGUUUUCAUGAUGCCCAGAUGAUCCUUGCUCCCUUUGGAGCAUUGAUGAGAUCCCUAAUACGGACAUGAAUCAUGCCUUAAAUAAGAGCCACAUCCAAUAGAUUUAUGAGUUUAGUGGUUGUUCUUCAUGCCCUCGGAUUGCAAGUUCAGCAUUGGCUAUGAACUGGCAUUGUGCUGCGAGCGUGGGAGUGGUUGGGAUAGCUUGGCUUCAAAUCACUUGGCUUGUGAGCAAAGCUCAAUCAUGUCUUACAAGAGCAUUGUCUCAGUUGCGUGGCUUUAAAGCAAGCGGAGCCUGCACCUUGGCUUUUAGCAGCCAAACCCGACAAGAGAAAAGGAAUCCAGAAACCACAUCUCAGUUUCUUCCCCCAACUCUUUAAACAUUUGCAUCAGGCAUGUGGUCGAGUCUAAUUUGCAAACAUCAUAAACGGGCACAUCAAAUACAUCAAAAACUCCUGCCCUGUAACUUUUGUUGGUUCAAAUAGUAUCUCCGUCCACAACUCAA